AUGUCUGGCUUGCUUCUGUUGGGCAUCAUUUCGGGCUGGGCUACAGCCCAGGAAUAUCGCUGCAUGUCGAUCCAGUUCAGAAAACCCGGAGACUAUAUCCUGGGCGGUUUGUUCCCCUUCCGAGUCCUUACCACCAAUGACACCAUCCGGACCCUGCCGGAUGUUUACGAGUGCGAGAGGCUUUAUGCCGCCGGUUUCGUCUGGGCUCUCGGCAUGAUGUUUGCCAUCGAGGAAAUCAACAACUCCACCAAGCUCCUGCCGGGCAUCCGACUGGGCUACGAUAUCUACGACAACUGUAUGGAGCCCGUGGUCGCCCUCCAGCCUACCCUGCUCUUCCUGACCCAAAACGGCACCAGCAGCAUCGGAGUCCUUUGCAACUAUUCGGACUACCAGACGCGGGUGACCGCAGUCAUUGGGCCUCACAGCUCGGAGCUGUGCAUGGUGACGGCUAAACUCUUCAGCUUCUUUCUGAUCCCACAGGUCAGCUACGGAGCCACGACGGAAAAGCUGAGCAAUGAGGAACUGUACCCUUCGUUCUUCCGCACGGUGCCCAGCGACAAGAGCCAGCUGGAAGCCAUGGUCCAACUCCUGCUCACUUUCAAGUGGAACUGGAUCGCCGUCAUCGGCAGCGACGACGAAUACGGGCGCGAGGGCCUCAGCGUUCUCUCCUCCAUGGUGGCCAACAAAAGCAUCUGCAUCGCCUACGAGGUGCUGAUCCCGGCCGACGUGCUCGACCCUGAGCUGCCAGGAAGGGUGUUGCAGGCCAUCAAGUCCAUCAACGACACCAAAGUCAACGUCGUCAUCUUGUUCUCGGUCGACCGGCCGGUCCGCGUCCUCUUCAAGGAAUGCCUCCGGCUGGGCCUCAGCAAAAAGGUCUGGCUCGCCACCGAAGCCUGGGUGAUGUCCGACGUGGUCACCAACGUGAAGGGCAUCCAGGCCAUCGGGACCGUCAUCGGCUUCAUCGUCAAGGGGCAGAAGGUCGCCGGCUUCAACGACUACGUCGCCGGGCUCUUCGAGCGGACCCGACACGACGGCUUCUGCGAGGAGUCCCGGCGGCAGGCCGAAGCGGUCAGCUCCGACGUGCUGGGAUCGCAGUGUCCGCAGUGCGAUUACAUCUCCUUGGAGAACAUCACCACAGUGCUGGGCCAUCGGCAAACCUUCUCGGUGUAUACCGCGGUCUACAGCGUGGCCCACGCACUCCACAAACUUCUAGGAUGCCAAGGGAGGCAGUGCAAGAAGGCGGACGUCAAGUCGUGGCAGCUUCUGGAAGCCACCAAGGCCGUCCACUUCAACAUCGGCAACCAGUCGUUCCAUUUUGACCAGGACCACAGCAUGAACACGGGCUACGAGGUCAUUGUGUGGAGCUGGCAGGACGGCAAGCUGGAGUUCGUCACCCUGGGAGAUUUCCACUGGAACCUGAGCAUCCAAAAAUCCCAGGUCCGCUUUCACACCGCUGACGGGAAGGCACCGGUCUCCGAGUGUCUUACUACCUGCCAGCAGGGGCAGAUCCGUCGGAUGAAAGGUUUCCACCUCUGCUGCUACGACUGCAUUGACUGUGAGCCCGGCACAUACUGCAGCACCGCAGAGGACUCCACGUGCAAAGAAUGCCCGGUGCGCCAGUGGUCCCCCAAGCGGAGCACGCAAUGUUACGACCGCACCGAGAAGUACUUCUUCUGGCUGGAACCCCUGGCCCUCGUCCUACUGGCUCUCCUGCUCCUCGCCUUCACCCUCACCAGCUUGGCGGGGGCGCUCUUCCUGAAGAACCUCCACACGCCCGCGGUCCAGGCCGCCGGGGGCAGCAUGGCCCUCCUGGCCCUGUUCUGCCUGGCCCUGAUGUGCGUGGCCGCUGGCCUCUACGUUGGCAAGCCCAGCCCGGCCGUCUGCGCCAUGCAACAGCCGGCCUUCGUCCUGAGCCUCAACCCCUGCUUCUCCACCAUCGCGGUGAAGGCCCUCCAGAUCACCCUGGCCCACGACUUCGCCGGCAGCCGGCGGAACUCCCUGCACGCGCUCAUCCAGCGGCGGCCCUGGGCCAUCGUGGCCCUGUGCUUCCUGGCCGAAAGCGCGCUUUGCUUCUGGUAUGUCUACGCCUCCCCGCCGCUCCUGGUCCGGAAUUACAAGCUGCUGGCCACGCAGGUCCUCAUCCAGUGCCAGAUCCAGUCGUGGGCGGCCUUUGCCCUGAUCCACGGCGGCAUCGCCUGCUUGGCCUUCGCGUCCUUCCUGUGCACCUUCAUGGCGCAGACGCCGGCCAAGAAGUACAACCUGGCCCGCAGCAUCACCUUUGCCAUGCUGGCCUACUUCGUCGCCUGGAUCUUCUUCAUCCCCACCUACACCUCCGUGCGGCAGGAGUUCCAGCCGGCCACCCAGAUGGCGGUCAUGCUCCUGUGCGCCGCGGGGCUCCUGGCCGCCUUCUACCUCCCCAAAUGCUACAUCCUCCGCUUCAAGCCCGAGUGGAACACGGUGGACCGUUUCCAGGAUUACACCCAAGAGAGGCCGCAGGGGAAAGAUUCCCAAGAUUAG